AAAAAACACGAUACUUAAGGUGUCUUUCCUUGAAAGCCAGUUCUAGCUAGCAAUAAGGAUGAAGGGGAAAGAAGAAGAAUCCCAGAGUCAUUUCCGGAUGAUUUUUUUUUAUUGGUAUUAUAUUUGCAGUCCAAAUGUUUACGUCAAACAUUAACAUAGAUUAUCUGGAUAUAGAUACGAAUUAUAUUUUUUAGAAACUUUUAAAAUGGCUAAAUUUGCAUAAUAUUAUUUUUUUCUAAAAAUUAAAAUUUCGUGCAAGUAGGAACUAGUAAAUGUAAUGUAAAAUGUAAUAGCUGAUUAAACCUCUUCGUGUCCGCCUUCUUUCGGAUUCGUUCUCUUUGCAAAUGAUUCUUGUGGCUCCAGCAAACGCAUGUCUUUUUACAGUACUAGUUCCGCUUUCUGAAAGUGCAGCUUCUGAGUAUAUUCAACUAUCUACCUUUGCUACCUCGGUAUAUCUAUAGAAUUUGUUUGGUCAUAAGAUGGAUGUACAAUUCCUGAUCGUUUUCACACUUUGGUCAGUUUGUACGGCUCGAAGGGGUCAACGGUACCUGAUAUCUAGAUGGUGCUAGUAGUAAGCACUCAGUCAGCAAACUGAAAGAAGAUCGCGGCGGGUCGACAUCUUUCUUAGCGACUUGCUGAAUGAAUUCGGGUCAAUUGCAAUACGAGAAGUAGUCAUCGUAUGAGGCAAUAGGUUGCCUAACUCGCCGAAGAUCCUCCGUUGGCCCUUAAAUAUUGCUAUGGUGACGGGUAGUUGCGUUGCUAUGCCAGAGGGGAGAUUCGUAGCUACAUACCGGUGAUUUUUCAUUCCCAUUUUCAUUUCCACCUUCGGUGAUUGAACAUUUCCUAUGUUAGAAAAUAUAUUCAAUGACAUGAAGGAAAUAUUGCCUGGAGUGUAUUCAAUGCUUAUCGCAAACAGCCCACUGUGGCAGUCUUUACACACACCUGAUAAUUUACCCGCGCAAUGAUCAUGUGACGAGUCAUGUGAAAUUUCUUUUAAGGUUAAGUGGUGCCAGAAAAGUGUACACUUCCCUGGUGGUGCUAGGUAUAGAAAAAUCGAUACACGCGUCACAUUAAGUGCAAAGUACCCAUGUUAUAUUUCAUACAAAAGUUUUUUUCCUUAAAUCACAGUUUAGAUCCAUGUGGGAUCUAAAGCUGCGACCGGGCUAGCGUGUGCCAAUCGUGCUGAGGUCCUAAUAAUAGACUGUCCUAGCUUCCCGCCUUGACCCAACUGGUGGUAAUGUGAGAAUGCAAGUGCGCCUUUACAGUUUACUUCUUUUAAUGACUUUUUUCGUAAGUCGUCCUUAAUUAUAGCACCGGUUACAUUCAGAAAACCUUUAAAAAUGAGAAACACAUAAUUCCUCAUAAGCAUGUAGGAGUAGCCUCGGUUUUGUGGUUCGUAGUUAAAGAGCAAAUUGACAAAUUAAUUUAAGAACUUUUUAAGCAUCCAUCAAACAAGUUUCUUUAUAGUUUUUUUUUUUCACUAUAGCUUUCUCAAAUCAGCCGAUGGAAAUCGAUGCUUUCACUCGCUUUUGUCACAAUGUCGGAAUGUCAGAGUGAUAAAGAGCUAUUUUUAAAAAUCCUGUUUGUUUGAUAAUAUCACUAGCGGUUUUUCGGUUAGAAAUCUGAAACUCUUGUGUGUACGGUUAAAUUCUUCUUACAUUUACCUCUUUUGAAUAUGCAAUUGAUGUAUUUUUAUUCAAAUUUUGUUUAUUUGCUUAACUAGUUUAAGCUCCCCGUAUUCGUUUUUGUUGAAUAACGGUUAAGAUUACCUAGAAUUAUCGCCAUAGGAAACUACUCGGCAAUUAUCAAAAAAGCCAAGCAAAAAAACUGAUUAGCGAUAAAGAUUAUUCUCUUCCACAUUCCUGUGGUGGUGAAGCAAACCUCAAGAAGUAAUAUCGCAAAUUAGUGCCGUUAUCGAAUGCUAAGAUUGGUAUUAUCUCACAUCUUGCCAAUCCGUGCAUUGAAGGGGUAAUCGUCGUUUUGUUUGUGUCUUUGAUUUGAGCGUUUCUCCCGGUGAGAAAUGAACCGCUGCGCAAUGACAAGCGUAAGCGAGAUGCACCUUUAAGAGGGAUGACAAUGGCAUGACUUAAUUGUGGUCAUAAAGGGCAUAGAUUAUAACUAUUUCACCAAGGUUCCUCCCAUUUUGAUAUUUUAAACAAAGAAAGGAUAUUCAGAUAAGAUAGUCGGCGAUGGGAAAGCAAGAGAUUAGGACGAUGGACAUGGACGAUGGGAGUGCAACACAGAACUGCUUGCUGGAAGACUCGCCGAGCAUCGAGAUGAAGCAGCACAAGAAAAAGGUCUCUCGUCUGCUCUUUGGAUUUGUCGUGGUUCUGGUCGUGUUACUUGCUGUAGCCACCAGCAUCCUGGCUAUUUUUUUCGUAACUGCACGUCAACAAGCGGGGAGAAAAGAGGCGACUAGUGUGCAUGAGAUUGCAGAGCAAACAAUUUGCACAUCUGAAGAGUGCGUUUUGACUGCGUCAGACCUGGUGCGGUCCCUAGAUCCUAGCGUUGACCCGUGCGUGGAUUUCUACAGCUACGCUUGCGGGGGUUGGGUAAAGAGCAACCCUGUGCCUAAGGAUACUGAGUCUUGGGACAAAUGGCGCAUUCUCGACAUCGAGGUGACAACGUUUAUGAAGAAAACUGUAAAAGACAAGGGCAUCAGAGCUCGUUAUUCAAAGGUUGAAGCAAUCAACAAAGCGUUCGAUUUCUACGAUUCGUGCAUGUAUGUGCCUGAGGCACAGGAUGGAAGAGGACUGUUGCUGGGUUUAGUCGAUAAAUACGUACGGUGGCCUCCUCUCUAUCCCGACUGGAACCAAAGCAGCUUUGACCUCGUGGAAGUACUUUCUGCAGUCAACAGAGACCUCAAUAUCGAUCCCUUCUUCUCAACCAUGGUGGAGAGCGACCUCAAAAACAGUACUAAUAAUAUGAUCACGUUGAAGCAAACUUUCGUAGGAGGGCUGUUUCACGGGCAGCUAACAAGAAACACACCGAACGCUAAGCACGCGCGUGAGGUGUACCGGAACACCAUCGCAAACUUGACGGCACUCUUGGGGUUAAACGACACUGCAAAGCGUUAUGCCCUGGCGGAUGAGAUAUUAAACAUCGAGAUGGCUGCUGGGGAGAUUUCAAGAAGCUUCAAUGGGUAUAAUGAGCAGCUUCUAUAUGGCAGAUACAAGAUUUCUGAGUUCAAUGAGUUAACUUCGGAUGGAUCGAUAGACUGGCUACAAUAUAUCAACCUUCUGUACAAAGGAACCGGGCAUAAAGUGAAAGCAGACCAGGAAAUAAUAGCUUACGAUUUGCCUUUCUUUAGUAACAUGACAAAAUUUCUGGGUUCUUUAUCAAAGAGGUCAUUGAUGACAUACAUGGGAUGGAUUAUAAUUUUACGAAAUUACGAGAACUUAGGAAAGAAAUACAUCCAGAUACGAGAGGAGUUCAAGAGAGAGGCUUUUGGGUUUGGGUCCAUCAACAGGGAGGCGCUCUGCUUCGCAAGAUUCACCAACGAGUUCGCCAUGCCGUUAUCCCGGAUUUUUGUGGACGCUCGCUUCAAAGGAAACAGCAAGCAACUGGCAGAGGAACUAACAUCACAAAUAAAGGAAGUGUUCAUAGAACGUCUGAAACAGAAUAAGUGGAUGAGUAGACAGUCCAAAAAUAGAGCUAUUGAAAAGGCGAAUUACAUGACACAAAAUAUUGGAUAUCCGGACUACAUAUUGAACGACAAACUGCUCGACAAGGAAUUUGAAAGAGUAAUAGUGGACAAAUCCUCAUUUUUUAACACAAUGAUUUCCAUGAAUGCAAACUUCAAAAGGAAGGAAUAUCUCACAGCACUAAAGCCUGUGGAUAUUCAAUUAUGGAUUCACAGCCCUUUACUUGUGAACGCCGCGUAUGAACCGACAAUGAACAAAAUGACCUUUCCAGCGGCGUAUCUACAGCCUCCAUUCUACGACCAGUCUUACCCAAGAGCCAUGAGUUUCGGCGGAAUAGGGUCCAUCAUGGCACAUGAGCUCAUCCACGGCUUUGAUAAUGAAGGUAAAGACUUUGAUAAAUAUGGAAAUAACAUCAAGUGGUGGUCGGACAAGACGGAUAAGUCGUUCGUGAAAAAUGUUCAGUGCCUUGUGGAACAGUACAAUAAUAUUACAUUCAUGGGUGAGAAGGUAGAUGGAAAACUAACUCUUCCAGAAAAUAUCGCAGAUAAUGGAGGGCUCGCCCAAUCGUACCAGGCAUACCGACAAUGGAGGCUUCGUAAUGGCGAGGAAAAGCUUCUUCCAGGAGUGAUGUUAUCAAACGAUCAAGUAUUCUUCAUUAGCUUUGCUAGGAACUGGUGCAAAUCGUACAAAUCUGCACUGUACGCCUUUGAUCCAUUUUCGUUUUCUGCGCAUGCACCGAAUCCAGUCAGAGUAAAUGCCACUUUACAGAAUUCUGAGGAGUUCUCGCGCGUAUUCAAGUGCCCAGUAGGAUCUCCUAUGAACCCUGGAAGGAAGUGCUACACCUGGUGACGCGCCUUCUUCAAACGUUACACAAGCAGUCACAUGGUUACUCGGCAUAGCAACGGUGGCCCUGAUCGAAUGCCUUGUUUUUAAUGAUGUAGCAAGUGUAUACUAUUCAUCAUUAAUAUCAUCAACAGCACAAUCAUCCUCAGUAGCAAAUCAACAUCAUUUUCGAAAUCAUUAAAUCAUCAGCAUUAACCACCAUCAUCGUCGUCGCCAUCAUCAUAAUCGUCCAUUGUUAUCAUCACCAUAGAGACAUUAUCGUGGCCAUUAUCAUCUUCAAAAUCAUGAAAAGACAUCACCAUCAAUUAUCAUCAUCAUCAUAAUCAACUCCAUGAAAAUGAUCAUCACAAAUUAACAUUAUCUUAAUCAUCAUCAUCAUCAAAAUCAUAAAAUCCCCAGCAUUAUCACCAUAUAAUUAUCAUCAUCUGCUCUACAUCAUCAGAUCAUUGUCAUUAAUCGCCACCACCAUCAUCAAAAUCUUGAUCUCGUCACCAGUAUCACUAAAAAUCAUUAUCAUUAUCACCACAGCAACCAUAUCAUUAUAUUCACCAAAUCCUAAAACUACCAUCAUCACAUUAUCAACAAUAAUCUGUCAUACUGUCACUAUCAUUGUCAUCCAUUGUCAUCAUUGUCAAGCUCCCUCUUCACCAUCAGCUAUUAGAUAACGCGGUAUAACAACACUGAAGUUUCUGAUGCUGCCAGUACCAUACUCUCAGUCAUAUAGGUCGACGACAACGCUUUGCUUGGGUUAGUUCUCACUAGGAAGCAAGGGCCGUAGCAGGCCUCGAAAUAUUGGGGGGGGGGCACAAUACAGAAACAUUAAGACAAUAUUGGGGGGGGGCACAGCCACGCCCCUACUGGUCAUUUCCUUAUAAUUUUCCAAAAUAUUGGGGGGGGGGGGGGGCACGUGCCCCCAGUGCCCAACCCCCUGCUAUGGCCAUUGUCUUCGGUAUCAUUGGGACAUGAGUGUCACUUUUUAGCCAAUUGAAGCAAUUAAUAGAAAAAAUAAGAGAUCCUUAUGCAUUGGUAAUGAUUGUAAAAUGUACCAUGAUCAAAAUUUCUCUGUUUUCUCCGUUCUGUCGCCAGCUAUCUUUAUUUAUUUCAAUGUCAAUAUCUGAAUUGCAAAGUUUCAUAUGAAAAAAGAAAGCAGUCACGUGAUAGAUUUCACAGUAUUUAAAAGCACAUUGUAGUGAAAUAAUUUCAAGGAGAAUUUCAAUAACGAUAGUAGUUCGUAUUAUAAUCAGUGCAAACGAUGGUAGGCAUUUGUACAUAUGAAUCGUCACAUCGAAUUUCUAUUACUUAAUCUUAUUCCUUGUAAUAUGGAGAUAAUCAAAAAAGGUCUGAGUGUUAGUGAAUAAAGUUUAAUUUUAUCGUCACAAAA